CAUAUGCAUUAGAGGAGAUGAGGCUCAGUGAAGAUGAGCAAGAAGGAGGAAGCGGAGAUUGAGAUUGCAUGCGAGAGGCGCAAAAAGUGAAAUUAUUCAAGGAGAAAACGAAGGAGUACUUGUUUGAAUAAUUUGUUCCCGUGAAAGUCUUAUUAUAAUUGUUCGUUGAUACAAUGAAAUUCAUCGUGCUCGUGUGUCUGCUGUCGUUCUGCAGUUUUCUGGACGCAACGCCUGUCAACAUGACAUCCGAGCCAAAUGUAUUCAUGAAGAGAAUAUCACAGACUAGUUGGGAGCAGUCGAAUGACAUCCAAUUCGAUUCUGACGUCACUCUUGAUACGCUGGAGAUGAUAAGAAAGGCGGAUUAUCCCGCGGAAGCUUACGUUACAAUAACAGAGGACGGUUAUAUUUUAACGUUACAUCGAAUCCCAGGUGGCAACGGUUCUCUACCUGUGCUACUUCAACAUGGUCUAUUAUGCACUUCCGCCGACUGGUUGUUUCUUGGCAAAGACAAAGCACUCGCUUAUCUAUUGGCUGAUCAAGGAUACGAUGUUUGGUUAAGUAAUUAUCGUGGUAAUACUUACUCGAGGAAACAUAUUUCUCUAUCACCGUCGGAAUUAAAAUUCUGGAAUUUCAGCUUUCACGAAAUGGGCAUCUAUGAUUUACCUGCAAUGAUCACAUUUAUUACAAAUAUGACAUCUCAACCAUUGCACACGUACAUUGGUCAUUCGAUGGGCACAACUGGUUUUUAUAUAAUGGCUUCAGAACGUCCGGAAAUCGCACAAAUGGUACAAAAGAUGAUUAGCUUGUCACCAGUGGCUUUUACAAACCAUAUGGAAAGUAAAAUAAAAUAUCUCAUUCCUUUGUGGACAGAACUUAAGAUGAUAAUACGAUAUUUCUUUCACGACGAAUUCCUGCCGCAGAGCGAUAUUUUGAAAUUUCUCUCGAAGUACCUUUGCGAGCAGAAUCUCGAAGAGAAUAUCUGCGUCGACAUAAUAUUUUUGAUUUGCGGCUACGAUCGCGAGCAAUUUAAUUAUACUCUACUGCCUGUUAUCCUGAAUCACGACCCGGCCGGUACCUCGAGUAAGACACUUAUGCAUUACGUCCAGAUAUACCAAUCGGGCAAGUUUCGUCAAUACGAUUAUGGUCGCGAAAAAAAUCAAUUGAUAUAUAAUUCGGCUGAACCUCCGGACUACAAUCUGUCAAAUAUCACGGUACCUAUCGCGUUACUAUAUGGUCGUGGCGACUUGAUAGUUAAUAUCGUGGACCUGAAGAGGCUCUAUCGCGCGUUGCCCAAUGUAGUGGAUAUGUACGAAGUGCCGUGGCCUAAAUUCAAUCACGUGGAUUUUAUGUGGGCUAAGGAUGCGCCUAAACUCGUGUACGAGAGGGUACUUAAGCUUGUGAAGAAAAAAAAAUUAAACAAUGUUAUAUGGAGGGAAUAAAAUAUUGCAAAAGACAAUUAAAAUAAAUGAAAAAUGUUUCACGUUAAAUCUUUGUUAAUGUUGAUGCGAUUAAUGGCAGUUGGAAUCGUCAAUUUGAUAGA